AUGGUCGGAGUAGAAACGACCUUGAAGUUAGACGACCUCAGCUGCAAGCCGCAAAUCGAGUUCGAGAACUGUCCUGUUUGCGGCGAUCGUGUUUCUGGCUAUCACUAUGGCCUUCUUACGUGUGAAUCAUGCAAGGGCUUUUUCAAAAGAACAGUUCAAAAUAAAAAGUCAUAUCAGUGUUCAGCUGACCAAAAUUGUGCAGUAGACAAAUCGUGCAGGAAACGCUGCCCGCAUUGCCGAUUUCAAAAAUGCAUACAACGAGGAAUGAAAGUUGAAGGUAAGUAUAUUCUUAUAACAUCCAGUUUAUUUUAA